GGCACAACUACUUCUAUUCCUGCAGAGAGAAAAAAAGCGGCUUAUGAGGAAGGACUACAGCUACCGGCGAUAUAAAUGCAUGUUUUGUUAAUUUUCACAAAGACCUGGCAACCCAGUACUUCAUAUAGAUUUUUAAUGUCAUCAAGUUAAACUGGCUUGCCAAGAGCUCCUCUAUGUUACAGGUGUGGGUCGUGAGCGUAUGCAAAAUCCUAACUAAGACCGUGUAGCUUUGUUAAAUGCGAUUACUAACGAGAUCCUACGGGACGAUGUCAUAGCAACUGAAGCUGCCUCUACGGAAUUWGUCUUUCGCGCUGAUUUACCAACGCAAAGCAAGAUGUUAUUAAAUGAAAAUGCGCUGCUUAUCCAAUAAGUUUAAAUUUCGUUACGGACUUUUUCUUAUAUUCUUGCUUUUUCAAGCUAUAUUUUUAUCGUUAAAUGUCUGGUGGACUUUUGACAAAGACAGCUUUCAAAUACUGCCUUUUGGUCAAAUAAAUAAGCUAAAAGACAACAUUUCGACAAGCAGUGAAAAGACCGUUGGUCUCUUCGUGGCGAUUUUAACUCAUGCAAUUAGAAAAGAAAGAAGGGAUGCCAUACGCGAGACGUGGAUGUCCGCUUGUAAGAAAAAUCAUAGACAAAUCAUUUGUGGYUUCUUUACAGACGAAGUAGGACUGAAUGAUGAAGACAAGAAAGCCUUGGACUACGAGAAGAAGACAAACAAAGAUAUUGUAAUCAUCAACGCUACGGAAAUUUUUGCCUUUGCCGAACGUCUUCUUCUCGUCUGGGAAUGGGGCGAAAAACAACACAUAAAUUACGAGUACUUCCUACGGAUCGACGAUGAUCAUUUCCUAUGCGUAGAUCGUGURCUCCACGAACUACAUUUCCGACCAAAGAACGUUUCUAUGUACUGGGGAUUUGUUCACUGUCAUCGUGGAGUUGUMCGUGUCGACGAGGGGUGGCUUAUGCUAUCACGGAGCAUCGUUUCUGAAAUCAUGGAAAAACGAGCCAAUAAGAGUCUUCUGUGUAGUCCCUAUGGAGACCAAGCUGUUGCUAUGUGGGUCAAUCACUGUAAACAAAACGUCACUUACUUUAUGGACAACAAACGAAUCAUUCACAAGAGUGCAGGAGAGAACCCAGUCUUUCUCCGUACAGAUAUCUGUGCAASCUACCUAAGUCUGCAUGGUUCGUAUCCUAGAGCGAUGAAGCAGUUCUGGCUUUUGUCGGAAAUUCUUCGUAAAAAGAGAAAAGAAAUCAUUAAUUACACGAUUCCAGAGAUUACUAGCUUCUCCAGYCUGUGCCCGUUUUCACCGAUAUUUGACUACAAAGCUUUCGUCGGUGAAUAUCAGUUCGAGCCCAAACUAUGCCAUCUUCAUCCAACAUGGUCUGUUUCUAAGAGCCGACACGUAGGACGAGAGGAAACUGGUGAAAGAUACUCAUCGUACUGAYGCAUGUGUGUUACGUUAGUCCUUACGUAGACGCGCGUUGUCCUUACGUAAAACAGUCCGACGUUUGAUAGAUGUUUUAUGGUACUUGGGGAACGAGACAAACAGAUCAAACAAUUACGGCAUAGUAUAGUGGUGUUAGUCCUAUUGAUUGAACGAUAAAGUCGAUUUAUUUUUUAUUUAUUUAUUUGACUAAUUCUCGUUAAAUUUCCGCUAAACAGGUAGCCCAAAAAAAUAUCAUCAUCAAAAUAAAUUAUCAAAAAUAUCUCGAAACUUAUGAUUCAGUGGAUAAAACCUUGAUAUAAGGUCCAUCCUUAAUAGAAAAUUAGACAUUUAUUAACUUAUUUUAUUAACUCAUUUAUUAACUCAUUUCUCUCUCUUUACUCCGACGAAGG